UGCGUACUUCAUUGCUGAGAUCUGCUGAUGUGUAAACAACAGGAGUUCCUCAUUGAUUCACAACCUAGUAGAAGUACAUCAGGAAUCCCAGCCGGAAUGACACGUCACACACUUUGGUUACAAGCAGUGGGCACGGCAAACGGCGAGUACGUAAAACGUGCACGCACGCUUUCAGGUGCAUGUACUUCCUAUUCACGCCCAGCCCGAAAGAAAGAAAUGCAGUAGCAAAGGAGAUCGUGCCGCUCUGACCGAUGAUUCAAACAUGAACUGAAUACCACUUGUUGCCUCGGAGCACGAAUGUACUGUCUACAUUUUUAAGUCUGUACUUCACCGGUAAAUUCAUUGUCAAAACUAUAGAAAUGUUGAGCCGGGAGCAGCUUCCACUCGGAAUGGAACCGAGCUGGAAGGCACUGCUGACAGCCACGGCUUGCUCUAUAAGUGCAUCGGUGCUUCUUCUGAAAUGGGUUAGUUCCAGGCGGGUGCAAAAGAAGAUACAGAAAGCGAAGUUACGAAGGGAUACAUCGUUUCAGAGGGCAGAAAAUGCUGUCCAGCAGUUCGUAGAAAAGUACCCAGCGGCAGACGCUGCUGCCAUCCUCUCCCUGCCCCUGUCUGAACUGACCAAAAAGCUGGAAGAGGGUUCACUGAGUCCUGAAACCGUCCUCUACACUUACAUGGGAAAGGCAGUGGAGGUGAGCAAGAAGUUGAACUGUGCCACAGAGUUCCUUUUGGAGAGCUGUGACCAGCUUGCUGAGGCAGAGGAUCACAGGGAAGGCCUCCUCUAUGGUGUCCCUGUCAGUAUCAAGGACAACCUUGCAUACAAGGGACAUGACUCCACUUGCGGAGUGAUCUGCAGACUCGAGCAGCCUGCUGAAAUGGACAGUGUAGUGGUCCAGGUGCUCAAGAAACAAGGUGCCAUCCCCUUUGUCAAGACCAAUGUUCCCCAGGCACUGCUCAGCUAUGAUUGCAGCAACCCCAUUUUUGGGCAGACAGUGAACCCCCAUAACCCCCAGAAGACGUCAGGGGGCUCUUCAGGCGGUGAAGGGGCACUGAUUGCAGGAGGGGGCUCCAUCCUGGGCUUGGGCACUGACAUUGGGGGCAGCAUUCGCAUUCCAUCGUCUUUUUGUGGGAUAUGUGGAUUCAAGCCCACUGUCAACCGGUUGAGCAUGCGUGGUUCCAGUUCUUCCUGCCAGGGACAGAAAUCAGUGCUGCCCUCCUUGGGCCCAAUGGCAAGAGAUGUGAACAGCCUUGCCCUGUGUAUGAAGGCACUUCUGUGUGAGGAGAUGUUCACCCUGGAUCCCAGAGUGCCACCCAUCCCAUUCAAUGAGCAGGUGUACCUAAGCUCCAAACCUCUGAGGAUUGGUUACUAUGAGAAUGAUGGUUACCAUAUGCCAUCUCCAAGCAUGGGCAGAGCACUGCGGGAGACCAGGGAGCUGCUGGAGAAAGCAGGCCACACACUAGUCCCUUUCACUCCUCCUCAAAUUGUACAUGCCAUGCAUGAGCUAGCCCUCAGGGGUAUCCUGGCAGAUGGAGGAACCACGCUGCUCAGCAACUUGAAGGAGGGUCCCAUUGACCCCAGCUUCAGAGACCAGAUUAUCCCCUAUUUUCUGCCCAAUAUGGCCAAGAAGAUCCUCUCUUUCCUUCUUCAGCCCUUAUAUCCACGCAUGGCUGGAGCAAUGCAGGCUAUUUGUGGAGUCAGUUCUGUGUCAGAGCUUUGGAGGCAACACACAGAUAUAGAGGAGUAUUGCUAUGAGUUCAUGGCAGAGUGGAGGAAACGGGACCUGGAUGUGUUGCUCUCGCCCAUUAUUGGCCCAGCAUACAACUUCAGAUAUUGCGGGAAGCUGACCUCUGCACUCAGCUAUUCCAUGCUCUAUAAUCUUCUCAACUUACCUGCUGGGGUAGUGCCUGUCACCAUGGUUACAGAGGAUGAUGAGGAAGAGCUCAAGCACUUCCAGGGUAACUUUGGAGACAUAUGGGACAGAUUCUUCAAAAAGGCAGUGGCUGGUGGGCAGGGACUCCCAGUAGCAGUGCAGUGUGUCUCUCUGCCCUGGCAGGAUGAGCUGUGUCUGCAAUUCAUGAGAGAGGUGGAGCAGCUAGUCAGAGACCGUGGGAACGUGUGACCACACCCACAAAUGCCAUAGGCUGGCCCACCUUUGACACACCUAAUGUUAGUUUACAUAUAAAUUAAUUAGGGCUAUUGACGUUAACGCGUUAACGCUCGUUAAUGCGCGUUAACGUGGUAAAAAGAAGGUACUAAUAAAAUUGGAUUGCACACUUAAAAGUAAAUUCUUACCCAUAUAAAGUGUAUAUGAGUAUAUGUAUAUGACUUGAGUUUGGAGCUGUCUAGCCCUUUUGCGUGAAUGGUCACACCAGUGUGAUAGGCUGUUUGGCGUAUGGUCAAACCCAUGUGAUUAGAACACUAGAUCGGAAAAAUUCUAGCUAAUGUUAGCCUUGAGGAAACAGCGAUUUAACAUUAAAAAGUAUAACGAAUGUGGCGUUGAAAACUGAGAAGCUUAAUAACAUUAAUGAAAACAACGAACCAUGUAACGUAGCACGCGCGCUACAUGGCAUAAAAUAAGUCAUGUGGAGAGGUUUCAUACUCUAGACAAGCUGAAACACUUAUAAAGUAAUGUUUAUCCCUGAAACUCUACAAUUUGUAAUUAAUCCCCAGUAUGCACUGGAGAUGUCCCACACACUGUAGAUUUUAUGCCUCGUUUGUAACCUAUGGAGUACAUGGAA